AUGGCUGAUUCCACUGCUGCUAUGGCGACUUCAACGCUGAAGAAGAAGCAUGCCUCUAUUUCUCUACACCAAGAGAAUAUGAAUGUGGAUCGGAUGGAAAGGGUGAAGGAAGAACCACAUCUAAGUACUACCAUUACCAAGCAAUCCGCGAUAUCGAUGUCCACAAAGACAUCCAGGACAGGAGUAUAUGAGACCGAAGAACCCAGGUCCAAUGCUCUUGACAAGAAUAGCGAUACUCGGAUGGCUACCAUAGAAUCCCUCCUGGCUGAGAAUGAUGUCCUCCAAACCCAGAUCACGCAGCUAAAAACCGCCCUUCAUGACGCCCAGAACCAUAUAUUUAGUCUGCAACCACACAUCCAAACCCUUCCAAAUGCCGAUGCGAUCACAUUAUUCCAAUCCCUCGUCUCCUCUGUCGAGAACUGGGUGGACAACUAUCUCGCGGAUAGUCUCGAGGAGAAGGAAGUGGCCGCCGACGCGUUGAAUAUCAAUGAUAUCCGAAAUCUGAUGAAUUUAAUCCCUCCAGAGGGAAUGGCGGCGUUCAAUACCGCGAAUACAGACGUGGAUAUCAUCCAGGCGGUGAUAUUGAAGUUUCUGGUUGAGAGUAUCUUCAACCAAGAAUUUUCCACGCCGCUCCCCAGGCCUGAGAUGGAGUUUGUGAUGGAGGUUGAGAGAGCAAUGCGGGGUUUGAAGCCCAAACGAGAAAUAAACUGGUUGAUGUCAGAUAUCAGAACAAUCCGCCACUGGCACAUAGAAACGUACACGGCCGCCUCAACCCGCCCGGGCUUUGACAAAUUCGCCCACGACAGGAUGUGGAACUUGACUGUGCACAUGAUAAAUAUGCUCCGCGCGUUCGCCCCAAGAACAGAUCCUAAUACACUGGCCAAGAGCUUCCUAAAAACUGUCGCGAAACCCGCCUGCGACUUGGCCCGCAGGUUCCAUCUCUGUUUUGACGAGUAUAGUCUCGAGUGGUCAGAGAACCAUGACAAUGAGAGUUUGGUGGAGGAUCCAGCUGGAGCAUUCCAAAGGGUAAUUAACGAAGGACGGUUUGGAGAGUAUGAUUUUGUUAGGGUUGGGGAGGAGAGGAAGUGGCUGAGGGAUAUGCCGACGUCAUUAUCUAGUGGUAAUGGUGAACGUGAAGGUAAGGAUGGGGAUGGCAAUGAGACCAAGGUAACGGUCAGGUGGCUCUUCGAUAUAGCGCCCAAGCUGGUCUUUCGGAAACUCAAGGUCGAUUCGUGGGGUGAGAAAAAAGUGCUUGUUAAACCAAGGGUUCUGGUGCGGGUUAGUGAGCAGAAGAGGACAGGACCAACGAAAAAGGUGGUGAAGAAGGCUGAAAGGGUUGAGUACAAGACUGUCUUAGGGGCUGUGCAAGGGUGGCUGACGGGGAAGGAGCAUCUUAUUGAGAAGGAGAGGAAGGAUAAGGAAAGAGCAGGGAGACAGCUCGCGGGGCUCUUAGGAGGUAUACUCUGA